CAUUCUGAUGGGCAGGGCUCCACGACAACCCAACCAACUGUAAGUGGGAAUUACCUAGCAAAAUUACUUGCCUGCUGGCUAAUUAGUCUCACUUCCUGCUGAAGUCAAUGCAGGCCACAAGUUUAGGGGAAAGAGUACACUCUGAAAACUGAUCUGAAAUGAAGCCUCCCAAGACGUUUGAGGAGCAAACUGAGUGCAUUGUGGAAUCCCUGCUCGAAGAAUUCUUGGGUUUACCAGUGAAAGCACAAAAUCGACACCUCCAAGAGCGAUGCUUCCAAUUCCAAGGCCCCCAAAAUGACGUCACAGAUUCUGGUGAGCCAAGCUCUUUUGAUGUGACAAUCAUUGCUGCCCGCCUUCAAAUGCUAGGUGACCAGAUCAAUGCAGAAAUGGAAGAAUCUGUCGAAAAAGUCAUGAAAGAAGUUGCUACCGGACAGGUAGUUACUGUACUACAGAACACAUUGAAAUCACUCAGCCAGACAUGGUGUGCCCAAGAUCCUAAUCUAGCCUAUGAGAGGGCCUUUCUGGCUAUGACUGUGAAGCUGCUGAAAGCUGUCUCUAGGAAAAAUCCUCAAACAGCCAGACAGUUAGCUGGACCAGUGAGGGAUGCGAUCAAUGAGAACACAGCUGUACGAGAGUAUAUAAUGGACCAGGGUGGUUGGGAGAAUCUGGAGAGCUGAAAGGAACCAGUUCCCCAUUGACAAUUGACUGGCUGCUUGAGCAUUCUCCACUUACAAAAAGAAAGAAAGAAAAAGUUCAUUUGUUCAACACCUGAAUUUUAGCUAACCUUAAUUACUCCUCUAUAGAUUCCUGUAGGUGUGGUGCAAAUUCUUAUCUUUGCUUCUAUUUACAAAUAGCCAAAAACUAACUUUCAAGAUUGAAAGGAAGGAAAUCUUAAUAGAAGAAUUUCAGGUACUGUGCCCCAGUUUGUAGGAGAGACUUCUGGGUAAGGAGAUUCUCAUAUCACAGUCUGUUGGUAGAUGACUAUUUAUAAAAUCAGCCUUGCCCCUUGGUAAGUCUUCUCAUUGUUGUACUGAGUACACAUUGUCAAAUUAGAAAAACGGUACUCAGUAAAGAGAGAUACAAAAUAAUCUAUCACAGAACCCAGCACUAAAAACUACACAGUGAAAACCCUGGGGCUCUGGGGACAGUAUCUCUGGGAGUAACCAACAUGCUAGAAGAUUCUCCAAAGAAACAAUAGAACCCAGGAAUCUUGUCUAACUUUUGGGGAACUCAGGGGAUCAAACAUACACUGACAGGUUGUAAGCAGGCUUGGGAAAGAGGCUGUAGCCAGAAGGGAAGGUAUCCAGGAGUGUCUGAAUACAAUGGAUACUAAAAGGAUGGUUCCUGCACAGUGUUGCUCUUCUUGGGAAGGAUCUCUGAUUUGAUGGGGGAAACUUCUAGAACUAAAAGGGUACUUAACAUUUGACUGUCUGCUAGCCCCACCUAAGGGGGCAUCAUCAAGUACUUUAAGGUUGUUGAAGCUAAAAUUAAACUCUGAUCCUUAAUUUCCAUAGAGUUUAUUAAUAUUUACUUGAAUAAGAGAAGGCAGACAGAGAGAAGAAAACCUAUUCUAAUCUAGAGACUUGGGCACUAUUCACAUGGUUCUCUCUGCUACUGUCCUUUUUUUUUUUAAUACUCCCAGAAUAGAGAGCAUAGAGCACUAAAGGAGGUCAGACCCCAAUUCCUGAACCUGGGAGGGGGGAUCCCUUCAUGCAAGGUCUAUUGUUCAGUCUGAAGUGGGUGAGUCUGGGACUUCCUUCGGGAUGAGUUCUCCAGGGAUAGGGGCAAAAUUGGGGUCUUCAAAUUUCAAGUUGACAAUAUACAAAAGAAUCUCUGGGAAAACUGUAGAAUAGCACUUCCUCUAUUUUUAAAAAUUAAGUUUGGGUUGUGACUUCACUGACAUGGGGAAUUCAAAUUUGACUCUGCCCUCCAUGUACUCUAUGUUCCAAUGGCACUGAUGUUUUGUUGUUGUUGUUGUUUUUAUUUUUGUUUUUUCCUUGAAUAAAAUACUGUAUCUUGGGGGCAGCUGGGUGGAUUGAGAGUCAGCCCCAGAGAUGAGAGGUCCAGGAUUCCAGUCUGGCCUCAGACACUUCCUAGCUGUGUGAUCCUGGGCAAGUCAUUUGACCCCCAUUGCUUAGCCUUUACCACUCUUUUGCCUUGGAACCUAUACCUAAUAUUGAUUCUAAGACAGAAGAUAAGGGUUUUUUAAAAAUACUACAUCUCCUGGCUUCAUGCAUUUUCUUAUUUUAAAUGACAUUUUCUUUUUUUAAUUAAUCAGCAUCUGCCCUCACUUUUUCUCUUCUAUCUCCUUCCUCCCUCUUUAUUAAAAAAAAAAGGCAAUAAAUACAUAGUCAAGCAAAACAUAUUUCCACACUGGCCAUGCCUAAAAAUGAAUAUCUCACUCCACGUAUCCUGCCCAUUAUCUUUCUGUUAGGAGGUCAGUAGCAUUUGAAAUCACUGGUCCUCUGGAACAAGGUUUCAUAUUUGUCAAAAUUCUUCAAUAUUUCAAAAUUGCUCACUUUUGUAAAAUUGUUUUUAUAGUAAAAAUUUUCUCCUGAUUCUUUUCAUUUCACUUUGUGUAAGUUGAAAGUGUAACAUCUGCUCCCCUUACAUGCUUGUUUAGACUUCUACUUGUAUCCCCCCUCCCAAUUAUAGGAGAAAAUGAGUUUUCCCUCAUUCCUUCUCUUUUCUUGCCUAGUACAUCCUCCCCCAAACCUACUUAAUUUCCUUUAAAAGAAUCAAAACUACAAAAAUCACUGUCAGGAUCUUCAUGGUAUUUGACUCCCUCUGUGACCCCCUGAGGACAAUACUGUUGUUAGGAGAUAUUUGUAUCAUCUGCUUCUUUAUUUUUAUUAUUUUUUAAACCCUUCCCUUCUGUUUUAGAAUGAAUACUGUGUAUUGGUUCCAAGGCAGAAGAGUGGUAUGGGAUAGGCAAUGGGAGUUAAGUGACUUGCCCAGGGUCACAAAGCUGGGAAGUGUCUGAGGCCAGGUUUGAACCUAGGACCUCCCAUCUCUAGGAGCCUGGCUCUCAAUCCACUGAGCUACCCAGCUGCCCUCCAUCCUGCUUCUUUAGAAUGCCAACAUUUUAUCCUUAUUAAGACUUCCAAUUGCUCAAUUGUAUUGCAUUUUCAUGUUUCUCUUUACUUCAGAAUUUGUAUUUCAAAGUUUCUACUAAGCUUUGAUAUUUUCAUCAAGAAUGCUUGGCAGCUCCCCAUUUGAUUAAAGGUCUUUAUUUUA